UAUGUCCCUAGGAAAAUGGAAGAUGAAUACUAUCUUCGAGAGAUAGAUAAGAUGACAUAGUCAGAGGUCCUUCUAAACAUAGUCAGAGGUCCACAGAGUUAUGAUGACAUAAAAACAUAUAAAGGUGUGGUUUAUCCAUCUUACAAAGAAGCAUGUUUUGCACGUGGCAUAUUAGAUGAUGAUCAGGUCUACAUUGAUGGUCUGAUUGAAUUAGGUCAGCAUAGUUUUGCUCCUGUUUUGAGGAUUUUUUUUGCAAUGAUGCUUCUAUCUAUGUCUCUAGCAAGACCAAAACAUGUGUGGUUAGAAACAUGGCAUAUAUUAUCUGAAGAUAUUUUGGCUAAGAAGAAAGAAGAGUACAAUAAUCCAGAACUUACACUCACAGAAGCUCAAAUAAAGAACUACACGCUUCAGGAGAUAGAGAAAAUUAUGUUGUUCAAUGGAGAAACUCUAGAAGAUUUUGAACAUUUCCCUAAGCCUACAAGAGAGGGAAUUGAUAAUUCAAACCGUCUUAUUGUUGAUGAGUUGAGAUAUAACAUUGAAUCCAACUUGGAAGAACAGCAUGCAGAGUGGAGAGAUAAGCUAACUCCUGAACAGAGAGGUGUAUACAAUGAGAUAAUCGGGGCAGUUUUCAAUGGUUUAGGUGGAGUUUUCUUUGUUUACGGCUCUGGAGGAACAGGGAAAACAUUUAUAUGCGGCUAUUAGGUCUAGAGGUUUAAUAUGUCUUAAUGUCGCCUCCAGUGGCAUUGCUUCUUUGUUGUUGGAAGGAGGAAGAACAACACAUUCAAGGUUUUCUAUUCCAUUGAAUCCUGAUGAGUUUUUUGUUUGCAAGAUCAAAGCUAAAUCAGAUUUAGCAGAUUUGAUUAAAGAAGCAUCUCUCAUAAUUUGGGAUGAAGCGCCAAUGAUGAACAAGUUUUGUUUCAAAGCUUUAGAUAAAAGCGCCAAUGUUGUUUAUUAUCAAACACGCAGAGAACAAGGUAUUUGGUGGAAAGGUAGUUGUAUUUGGAGGUGAUUUUAGACAAGUACUUCCUGUUAUUACUGGUGCUGGUAGAGCAGAAAUUGUUAUGUCAUCUCUAAAUUCUUCAUACCUUUGGGAUCAAUGCAAAGUUUUAAAGUUGACCAAGAACAUGCGACUACUAAACAACAGUUUAAGUGCUCAUGAAGCUAAAGAAAUCCUGAAGAUUUGCUGAUUACAGAAGCAGACAAUCCAAUAGAAGCAAUUACUAGGGAAAUUUAUGGAGAUCCAACUAAGCUUCAUGAAAUCCAUGAUCCUAAAUUCUUUCAAAUGAGAGCUAUUUAAGCACCAAAGAAUGAUGAUGUCAACACAAUCAAUCAGUAUAUGCUUGAGCAUUUGGAUAGUGAGUAUACUUUAACUCUUAACUAUUUACUUGCUUAUUAUAUAAUCAUUGCUAAGUUGCUACUGUAAACAACUAAUCAUAUCCCUUUUUUUUGUACAGGUCCAGAAAGAAUUUAUCUAUCUGCUGAUAGUAUAGAUCUUUCAGAUUCUGAUGCUCUUAACAAUCCUAUUAUUACUCCAGAUUUCUUUAACAGUAUCAAGGUUUCAGGUUUGCCUGAUCAUGCUUUACGUUUAAAGAUUGGUGCUCCUGUUAUGUUGCUUAGGAAUUUAGAUCCUAAAGGAGGCCUUUGCAACGGCACUAGACUUCAGAUUACGCAGCUAUGUAAUCAGAUUGUGCAAGCUAGAGUUAUAACAGGAGACAGGAUUGGUGAUAUCGUUUUUGUUCUUCUCAUAAACAUUACACCUUCAGACACCAAACUGCCAUUCAAGAUGCGUAGAAGACAGUUUCCACUAUUUGUUGCAUUUGCUAUGACUAUCAAUAAGAGUCACGGACAAUCUCUUGAGCGAGUUGGACUUUACUUGCCUAAACCAGUCUUCUCUCAUGGCCAACUAUAUGUUGCGUUGUCUAGAGUGACUUC